GCCCCGGAGCCGCGGUCAGAGCGGCGGCGGCCAUGGCGGUGUGCGCGCGGCUGUGCGGUGUGGGGCCGGCCCGCGGCUGCCGCCGGCGCAGCGCGGCCAGGGAGCAGCGCCGCGGUGCUGCCGACAGCGAGCCCGACACCGAUACGGACCCCGAAGAAGCGGGAGGUGGCAGCGUCACGGAGGACGAGGAGGCCGCAGAACGCAUUGAGGGCGGGCGGCCCCUGCCGCCUUCUGUCGAGGCCGGCCCGGCCGGGCGGGCCCCGCUGUCCUUGUUGGAGCUGCCCCCGGAGCUCCUGGUGCAGAUCUUCGGCUCCCUGCCCGGCACCGACCUACCCAGCCUGGCCCGGGUCUGCACCACGUUCCGCCGCAUCCUCCGCACCGACACGAUCUGGCGGCGGCGCUGCCGCGAAGAAUAUGGAGUGUGUGAAAACCUGAGGAAGCUGGAGAUCACAGGAGUGUCCUGUCGAGAUGUUUACGCCAAACGUAUAAACCCACGGGUGAAGUCGGGGCGUUUUAUGAAAAUCCUGCCCGACUACGAGCACAUGGAGUACAGAGAUGUUUACACCUGCCUGCUGCACCGGUACCGGCACAUCCUGGGGCUGUGGCAGCCGGACAUCGGGCCCUACGGGGGACUGCUCAACGUGGUGGUAGAUGGUUUGUUCAUCAUUGGCUGGAUGUACCUGCCCCCUCAUGACCCUCAUGUGGAUGAUCCCAUGAGAUUCAAGCCCCUCUUCAGGAUCCACCUCAUGGAGAGGAAAUCUGCCACAGUGGAGUGCAUGUAUGGCCACAAGGGACCUCAUAAUGGCCACAUCCAGAUUGUAAAGAAGGACGAGUUCUCCACAAAGUGCAACCAGACAGAUCACCACAGGAUGUCAGGGGGCAGGCAGGAGGAAUUCCGGACGUGGCUGAGGGAGGAGUGGGGUCGCACUCUGGAGGACAUUUUCCAUGAACACAUGCAGGAGCUCAUCCUGAUGAAGUUCAUCUACACCAGCCAAUAUGACAACUGCCUGACGUACCGGCGCAUCUACCUCCCCCCCAGCAGCCCCGAGGACCUGAUCCAGCCCGGCCUCUUCAAGGGCACCUACGGCAGCCACGGGCUGGAGAUCGUCAUGCUCAGCUUCCAUGGCAGGAAAGCCAAGGGCACGAAGAUCACUGGAGACCCCAACAUCCCAGCUGGACAGCAGACUGUGGAGAUAGACCUGGCACACCCUCUGCAGCUGCCUGACAUCGAGAACCUGCGGGACUUCAGUGAGCUGUCGCGCAUCGUGCUGGAGGUGCAGGAGCAGGUCCGGCGGGAGGAGCAGCAGCAGGAGCAGGAGCAAGAGGAGCAUUCCCAGCAAGCUGCCUCCCAGCCUGCCAGUCCCCUGGCAGGAGAAGGUGCUGAGGGGGAAGAGACUGCAGCUGGGGCAGAGGGGAUGACCCAGGACAAGGCCCCAGCUUCCCAGCCCUUCGUGCUGCCCAUGGGGGUGAUAUCGAGGAACGAGGAUUAUCCCCGGACCUGCCGGAUCUGUUUUUAUGGGACAGGGCUCAUUGCUGGCCAUGGCUUCACCAGCCCUGAGAGGACGCCGGGGGUGUUCGUCCUGUUCGACGACGACCGCUUCGGUUUCAUCUGGCUGGAGCUGAAAUCCUUCAGCCUCUACAGCCGCAUCAAGGUGCCCUUCCAGAACGCCCAGGCACCUUCCAGGGAGGCCUUUGAUGAGAUGCUCAAGAACAUUCAGUCCCUGGCUACUUGAUGAGUGGUUGGUGAUGGACAGGGCUCGGGUGGCAAAGGCUGCUGCGCUCCCCAGCCGGGGCUGGGGUGGGGAGCCCUCGCUCUCGGUACCUCUGGAUAGAAGCAUGCACUUUGAAUAAAGCCUUUCUACCCCAAAUGUACACACAUCCCACUCCUGGCAUCCCUGACUACUGCCCUUUCCUCUGUGCCACUCCACGCUGCUUGCCAGCAGUCCUUGUUUCCCAGGCUGUGCUUUGGAGAGCUGAUCCUGCAGAGGAGGGAGCAGACCUUCCCUAGUGCAAGACAAGAAUGUAUUGGGACAAAACCAACUUCUGGUCAGAGCUGGACAGAAGAGCAGGCAGUGACAGAGCACAUCCUCCUCUCCAGAAACCUUUCUGUGGGUGCAGCAUUGCCAGGAGAGGCUGGUGUGAUACCUGCAUCCUUGGCUUGCUACUUGGAGUGUGUGGUUUCCUCUGGAGAACUCCCUCAGCAAGGGCAGGAUCCCCACUGCAGAUGAAUGUGUGCAGCAUUGUCCUGGCUUCUGGAGCUUGAUGGAUGUGCUGUCCCUGGAGCUCCAGCUCUGGGUGUCUCCCUGAGACCAGAGAUGAUUUAUUUCUCAUUGCAGGAGCUGGAGAUGGGUGUAAACUCCCAAAAGCUCUGAUGUGUUCAGACUGGUUUGUACUGAAAGAUUUUCUCAGAUCUUGUGAAAUGGGUCUAAAAAGGCACAGGAAGGAGGGAAAAGAAACCCAGCUGUGAGAUGAUGGGCAGCAGAACGUGCCACAUGCCACUGGUGUGACCCCAGGGUGCCAUUCCUGUUCAGGUUGCCCUUCAGAGUGCAGAGUGACAAGGGAUUGUGCCUAUUGUGUGGCUUGUUCUGGAACAGUGGGUGCUGCUGCCUCACUCACAGGACCCUCCUUUCCCUUUCCAGUUGCCCUUGUUUCAUCCCAGAUGGAUUUGUGACAGAUCUGAGCUCCACUGGGGAUUGUGUAUUGCAGGCAAGGGAGCAGAUUCCCUUCAGACUGUGCUGUGCAGGAAAAUCCUGCCCAGUGCUCAUCUCCAGGCUGAGAGUUGUGCUAAAACCAUCAGCACUACCACAGCCCUUGGUUGCAUCUGCCCCUCUGCCUGUGAUAAACUCCAGAUCUCUUCUCUUCUCCCCAGAUCAGUGUCUAACAAAACCCUGCCUGUUUUAGGUGUGUAAAUAUGUCUGUACCUGGAGGGUUUCAGGCCCCUUCUGUGGAGAAAUUCCAGUCUCUGCCUGGUUCCAGUGCCUGUGAGCUGCUUUUAUUCUGACUCUCACAAGGGCUUUUUGCCAUUCUGGCUCUCACGUUCCCUGAGCUGUGGGAGAACCCAGACUCCAGCAGAGACAGCAAACAGCAGCUCCUGUCACUCACAGGAUUCAUUCCUGUCUCUCUGGAUAGAGUUCUCCAAACCUCUGGGAAUUUCAAGGUGAUUUAGGGCACUUUUUGCUUUGUUCCCUGCAGCUUUUGAGGAGUGGCAAGCCCCAGCACGGUGGUUGUGAGCAGCCUGGAAAGGUUUUCCUGCAGAGGGAAGAGCCAGUUUGGGUCACACAGGGCUGGAGAGAGGGCGUGGCUGCUCCCUGUGCCUUGGUGAGUGGGCAGAGAGGGGACCUGGAGCUGAAAUUGGGCAUCUCAGCCUGUGCUGCAGCUGCUGAGCUCUGUGCAGAGCUCGUGCCUGAUCUGCAGACAGGUUUCAGUUUGGUGCAGGUUUCUGGGACAGCUCAAGGUGCUCAGUGCUGGGUUAAUGGACUCUGUCUCAGACAUCUUUUCCAACCUAAAUGAUUCUGUGAUGAGGACUUUCAGUAUCUCAGUGGCCUGUUUAUUUUGGAGUUUGCUGUUAGGCUGCUGCAGUUCUGCCUUGUGUUCUCCCUGACAGCCCAGAGGGGUGGGAGAUGUCCCCUUGGGCAGCUGUUCCUGUUGCCUGUCCCUAAAACCAGCUCUUCUUCAGCUGGAUCUAUGGCUCUGAUUGCAGAUUCCUCCCCACUUCAAUAUCUCCACCAAAAAAAAAAAAAAAAAAAAAUCCUAAAGUUUUACACAACUGACUUGAUAAUUUUUACUUUUAGCUGUUAAAUUACAAUUAAAAACUUCUAAAUGGAGAUUAAUAUCCAGAUUACAUAGAUUGCCCUGCAAGUACCUUGAGUCACUUUCCCAGGUACUGACCUGUGUGUAGCCUCUGUCCUUUGUCACCUGUUUGCUGUUGACACAAGUUGUGCAUCUGCUCUUCUCCAGGCUUCUUGUCCCUUCUGAACCUUUCCAGUGCCAGUGCCAAGGGUCUCCUGAAGGCCAGACCUGCUUGGCUGGCUGGAGAAAAGGAUUUGGGUGGAGGCUGAUGCCUGUGGGAAUUUUUCCCAGCUCUGCCUUCCCCCUGUAGUGGCAUUUUUUUAUUUAUAACUCACCUGUUUAGCCUCAAAAUGUCAGGAUAAUUCCUGAUUAAAGGCAGAGCUGCUGGUAUCCCCUGGCUUUGUUCUGUCUGGAGCAAAAGAAAUAGCAAGUUUAUGUUAAUAAUUCUCCUCUGAUGCCUUUUCUCACCUUCUGCUGCUCCAAGCCUGGCAGGCUUUUGUGGCAUUUCAGAAGAAAAUUCCCUCUGGUUUGGCUGAGGGUGAGGAAAGCUGUGAAGGUGAAUUUGGGAAUGCUGGGCAUGCUCCUGUGCUUUGUGCCUGGCUCUGUCAGUGCUUCCAGAGCAAACCUGGAGUUAAAACUCCCAACUCUGGAAUCUUUGGGGAAGAGGAGACAGAUUUUUGAGCAGGCAGUUUGGAUCUGCUCCCCCCAGGCUGAGGGGCUGCUCCUGCUUUCCCAGUCCCCUUUUCCUCGUGGGAAGCUGUGCUGUGCUUGCUGGUGUGUGGUACAGGCUGUCCCACCUCCUGCACAGCUCUGCAUUCCCCACUCCUUCCCCAGAUCCCUCCUGCAGCCUGCAGGGUCUGUGUGAGCUGCUGACAGGGAUGGUGUGUGCUGGGCCCUGCAGAUGGUGAUCAAUCCCUGCUGCCGACAGCUCCUCGUCCUUUUGGCUCUGCAGGAAAGCUCGGGGACGAUUGGCUGGAUUUCUCCAUCCCAGAUGGGUGGAAAGUGCUGGCAAGGAUGGAAAACAACUUGUCAGGGGUAGGAAUACUCUUGGCAGGAGCCUUUUGGAUUGAACAGAGCCUUUUCAGGGAGGCUGCAGAGCCCCAGUGGCCAGUGCAGGACCUGGGGCUGAAUUCUGGCUCCUAAGAAGUGUCUGGUUCAUGUGCUGGGGCUGGGUUCUGCUCCUCCAUCCUGCUCCCUGUGUUAGAACCCAUGGGUUUGGCCAGCUGGAAAACAGGAACAUCACAGCUCCAGUUUGUUUGCCUUGGGCCUGCUUUGAGAGCAGGGAAUGUGCUGUGCUCAGGCUGUGGUUGUGGGAGACUGCCCUCCACGGGGUUUGUCAGGCUGGGUUUUACUGAGGAGGAGGAAAAAGGAUGGAAUUGUUUGUAAAUUUGGGUGUCAGCUCCAUCGUGGAGUGUGGCAGUGCUGCUACAGCUGCCCUGGGAUGGGGCAGCCGCAGUGGGAGGGCAGUUCCUUAGGAAAUGUGUGCUGGGGAGAAAGGGAAUUAAUUCUGUGCCAACGUGCCUGGACGUGUCAGCUCCCAGGAAAAGCCCAAACCACAGCUGGCUCAGUGUUUACUAACAAGGAUGACUUUUUCUUGCUUUGUUAUUAAUUUAAGCCUAGUGGAACUUGAUGGGAGUGUUGGGUGUUGUGUGGCAAUGGGUUGUUUAGGCUAGUGUAGGGAAUGGUGAUGUGUUAACUGUGUCUUGUAGCUGGCUGCUGACGUGGCCAAUAAUCCCCUGUGGUGUUCAGCUGCCCUUACCUGUGGGACAGUGAAUUAUUUGGGAUGUGGAGUGCAAGAGAGAGGUACCAAACUGUGAGUGCCACUGAGCUCUGGGUGCUUUGUGUGCUGAGUUCAAACGUGUGGUUCUGGUUUUUGUUUGGAUUGAAUCUUUGGGACUUUUGGGGCAAAGAGCACUUGGCUCAACUGUGUUCAUUAACUUAAUUAAAGCAAUCUGCACUUUUGUUUUGUCAUUGAUUACUCCCCCUUCCCUGUUCCCAUGUGUAUUUUGCACUCACCACUUUUAACAUGACACUGAUGGAUUCAUCUGGGCAUUUCCUGUAAUUUUGAGUGUGGAUAGGUCUCUAUAAAAGUAUUAAAAAUGAAGGUGAAAAUUAAUCCCUGUUUUGUACAGAGGGCAGUGGGAGGAAACCAUUGUACAUCCACCACCACAAAUAUCUGUGUGGAACAUAAGUUGUGCUUGAAGCACCUCACCUGUCCAAGGGCUGGGGCUUUGCCUGUCUUUUUCUUGGUGGCUUUGAGAGGAAUGGGAUGUAUAAAAUCAACACCUGGCUUACUUCACCCCAGUUUUGGAAAGCUGAGCAAGCCCUGUGUGUUACUUUUACACCUGAUCAUUGUUACCCAAGGAGCCUUUUCCAGUUUCAAAUAAUAAAAAGCAAAGUUUUGUGAA